UCUUGUGUCUCUGGCAGUCCUUCGUUGCCUCACACACUCUUCGUCGCUAGGGGGGCUCCAUGACCCAGUUUGACCCUGCCUCACCCUCCCGAUCCCCAGCGAGGACCUUUGACCUGCGCCCAAGGAUAUAAUGGCGAGAACCUCUCCUGUCGCUGCCUUUCUCACGCCGAGUGUGUCGCGGAUCUGCAGUGGUGAAUGGUUCUAUACUUGACAGAAGAUUUAUCUAAAAGGCAAUAGAGAUCUUGCGUAAGAGGAUAAACUAUACAAAGCUUUUUUUAUCUGAAAACUAAGAUUCAAACCCACAAAAGCAAGAGAAAGAAAGCGAAAGACGGUAUAUAUAUAAAAGGGACAUGUCAUUAACAAAAUCCCUCCGCAUUUCUUGAAAACGAAAGCAAAAAGAAAACAGAACGAGAAACUUAACAAUAGUAAUAAUAAUAAUAAUAAUAAUAAUAGUAAUACAAUAUCCAUAAAAAAAUACGGACAUGCACUCCAGGAAGUUGUCCGACGCUGUGUUUGAGUCCUGAUAGAAAGCAUUGUAUGGCAAGCACUGUCACAGGACCCGGCGGAGUGUGACGAGCUCUUAAGGGCUGCUGUGAAUAUUUCUUUUGUAGGUUGCAAGGAGACGGUCUGAGGACUCGGUUCUGGGAAGAGGGAACAAGGAAAGGAAAAUAUAGAGAAAAGAUCUUUUUCUCGUGGAGCUGAACAUAAUCGGUUUAAGGCGACACCAUGAAGAUGCCACCGAAGGUCCUCCUGACGCACCUCACCGCUUUCAUCAUGCUUCAGUUUCACGGAGCCAGCUCUUACAACGCAAAGACCGUCGACAUCACGGAGAUCAUCGUGCCGGAGCAUCCCCGCAGCGGAGAUGACGUCACGCUCACCUGUCGCUUCCGGUUGGACGGCCACGGACAUCGCCUGUACACGGUUAAUUGGUGGCGCGGCAAGGACCAGUUCUACAGCUACAAGGGGAGCAAUCCCGACCCUAAGCAGGCGUAUCACUUCAACGGGAUUAAUGUUGCGAAGGACGAAUCAACAGAUCAGUCUGUGGUGCUAAAGAACGUCACAGAAGCCACUUCCGGAGAGUACAAGUGUGAGGUGAUAGGAGAGGGUCCCUCCUUUCGAACAGCUGUUAGAGCCAAGCAGAUGAAUGUCAUAGUUCCGCCCCAACACGUCGAGAUCAUGUCCUGGGCGAACCCUGCAUUGUACAGGAAGGAGGAGCUGGUACAACUGAACUGCACGUCCCGAGGGUCCAAGCCGAGGGCGGUGCUCACUUGGGAGGUCAAUGGUCGGCAGGUCAGGCCCCAAGACGUGCAGCGGUUCGACGACAGGACCGACCACCUCGGGCGUGUCAUCUCCGUGGCGGGGCUUCGCUGGAGGGCCCCCGAGUACUUCCAGGACUACGAAGCCAAGGUGUCCUGCGUGGCUUCCGUGGGCGGCUUCCACACGAAGGCUUCCAAAAAGAUCUAUCUCGAUCCGGCAUCGAGCGCGGCCUUUAAUCACCAGUACGCCUCAGCAGGAUGCCAACUUUCUAAUCCUUGGACGAUUCUCAGCUUUGGUUCUUUGCUGCUGGCAAGAUCUUAAGGGAAAAGAAAGACAAGAGAAAGAAGGAAGAGAAAGAAAAUGGAA